CCAACCGCCAUUGGACAAAAGAAGAAGUCGGUCUCUCUUGAGAUGUUGUCGUUUAUUAUGGCGCGUGUCAACCAAUGGAAAUAGUGUCCAGCCGUCUAUCACCAGCUCUAGAAAAGAUUUUCCAACUGUCCGGACUCAACAGAAAUGGCAUGAACACCGAGCCGAUGGAGGAAAAAGCUCUGGACGUGUACGAUGUGAUUCGAUCCAUCCGGGACCCCGAGAAGCCGAACACCCUGGAGGAGCUGGAGGUAGUGACAGAGAAAUGUGUGGAGAUUCAGGAGCUCAACGAGGACGAGUUCCUCAUCAUAAUCAGAUUCUCCCCAACCGUUCCUCACUGCUCCCUGGCUACUCUGAUUGGCCUGUGCAUACAAGUGAAGUUGCAGCGGUGUCUGCCAUUUAAACAUAAGUUGGAAAUUUACAUUUCAGAAGGAACCCAUUCUACUGAAGAAGACAUUAACAAACAGAUCAAUGAUAAGGAGCGGAUAGCAGCUGCCAUGGAAAACCCCAACCUCAGAGAAAUUGUGGAGCAGUGUGUAGCUGAACCAGACGAUUGACGGAGGACACCCCACCUGCUUAAAGCAAAUUCUUUCUAACCUGCUGUCUUUGUGUUUGUAAUGUCCCAAAGCCUGAGAAGGCUUAUUUACAUGAUUCCAUUGCAUCUGUUUGAAAUCAGCUGGACAAUAACUGUGAGGAGUUGGCAGAUUGUUCUAUUAUGUUUCUAGAGGAGGGACUCAUCUCACACACAAGUUUAGUUUAAUGAGUGCUGAUUGCUGACUUUAUCAUGUGGACAGCUUAGUGGUAAUAUUGCAGGAGUUAUUUCUCUCUUCCAACUGCUAAGAGACAUAAAAAGCUGCAUGAGCAGUAGACUAGAGAACAUGCUUCCUGACAUACUUCCAUCUGACCCUCCAUCCGUCUGAUUUCCAUCCAUCAUUCCUCUAGUUUGCCAUUCUGUGGUAGAUAAGUUAUUGUAUCUCUUUUUGAUAAAUUGAAACAGAAUAAGUUAGAAAAUCCUUUCUUGUUCAGGAUUGUAUUUUAGUAAAUGUAAGUUACCAUUUAAAUGUACUAAAUUGAUAUGAAUACAAUUUAUGCUUUAUUAAACACAAGUGCUUUAAAUAAAAUUUAAACUUUAAGCAGAAACAAAUGUUUAAGGUCUUGUGAGAGGAGAAUUUAGUUUUAGUUAGAUUUAGAAUUUCGAUUUAGUUUAAGAGACCACAUAUGAGUAUGCUGUCAUUCCCUUGGGAGCAAGCUGGUUCAUCACUAUUCUCUGGGUAAUGUCUGGAUAUAACUCGAUGCACUAUAGAGUAGAAGUUUCUGAAGUGUUCGAGUCUCAAACAUUUAAAGAUGAUCUCUGAUUUGUUUUUGUCAGAAUAAAAUCCUGAACUGGUA